AUGGACUCUGCCGCAUCCGCUGGCGGAGGUGAGCAGCGACUGGACUGCUCCCCUGCUGCCGGAAGUGACCCCGUUGCCGAGGCCACCAGCAUGGCUUCCUUCUCAGUUUCAUCCACGCCUUCGUUCCGCACAUGUACAGACACCUCAGAGUCACCGUCGUGCGAAUCCGAACCUGAGGCACCGGGUGGGAGUGAACAGGUGUCUGCGUCUUACGUCUCUCGUCAACAGUCCGGGUUUCGCUCGUCCCGUGCCGUCGCGCGUGAGUCGUGGCGAGCAAGCGCGAAGAGUUCACAGGUGCUCGAUCGCGCUCGCAGAGCCUCGUCAUGCCCCUAUCCAAGACACGGACCGAGCGACAGAAGGUUUUCAGCAGACGGAUGGAGGACGCCUGACCCUGCUCUUUACCCGAGCGCUGCCUAUGCACCUGGCAAGCACCCCUCGGCCGUCAGACGGGCCUCUGCGGAUUUUCUCAGCACACGGGCGUCUGCACCGAAACGCGUCACGCGUCCGCGUUCCUCCGAAGUGUCCCCUAUAAGCCACAAACAGACACAAGGAGACAGUCCUUCCCCGAGGAUAGACCGCCCCCGGGUGACGCUUCAUGAGGGUGCGGUCAUUCGCCACGGAGGCGCCGAGGGGCGACCGCCGCCGAAAGCGGUUGCUGAGCCCGUCGCGUCGUCUAGGCGACAGUUCCUGCGGCUCCAUCCGGCCUCUGUAGACUCAGCUGGGAGGCCCAAAAAGGUUUCGCCUUUGAGUCCCUCGGGUGAGAGUCCCGAUGAAUGCAGCGGAGACGGCAGGGGAGAGGGUCUCGUGUCAAUUCGCGCCGCGCUGAUUCGCUCAGCCACGCCUGUGGCGGCAGCCGCUCGAGGUCUUCUUGCGGCUCUCGCACCCGUCUGGUCCUCUGUUGCAGACUCCGUGUGGAGGGUGGCGGUGGUCAUGGGAGGCACGUGCGUGUGCUGUUCGUGUGCAGCGCUACUUCUCCUUUUCCUUGGUCUUUCGUCUUUCGUUCUUCUCAGAGCUUUUGUCACUCUUCCGCCUCUUGCAGAGUUCCCUGUUUACUUUGACUACUCGCCUGCCCUCUCAGAGGCUCUCAGCAGAUCGCCCUUCGAUCGCGACGAUUCCGCACCUUCCGAGCAGCCCGCUGCGGGGACCUUCUCUCCCUCUUCGGCCUUCAGCCCCUCUUCCAACUCCUCGCUUCCGGCUGCCUUCAUCCACGUGAACUCCACUUGGUCAGUGUCUAUUCCGGCUUCUCUCCUGCCGGGCAGCUCCGCACAAGGGGCCUCGAGUUUCGUCACGCGGUGCUCUACUGAGGAUGUAAGCCCUCUGUGGCGUCAUCUUUUUCCUCCGGCCCCCGGAGACAUGUUCUCUUCUUCAGUGAGAAGCCGCCUCAUUCAUCCGUGGCGCGGGGGACGUGAAGUGCCUGCGUGGAGUUCUUCAGCUGCGACCGCUGCAGCGUCCGCGGAGCAAAGCCUGAACUACGGCAAGGACGCGACACCCCGCCAAACUGCCGCAGGUUUCUCGUCGGCGACUACCGGAGCCUUGCCCUGGGCGGGCCUGCUCUCGGGGGUCUCAGCCCCGCCCCCCGCGUCCAUCGCUGUGGCAGUAGUCCCCUUCUCAAACCGUUCGUGGGAGUUCCUGCCGGCUGACUCGCAGAUGUACGCGCCCCCCCUCCCGUUUUCUCUCCACGGGAAAGAGCCUGGGAAGCCCGCGGCGGUUCCAUCUGAUGGAGAGGAAACAGAGGGGGGGGCGCCCGGCUCAUUCUUUGCAAGCCUAGAUGCUUCGCAACUCCCUUCUGACCACAAUCUGGAUGUGUACCUCGUUACCUCCUAUCCCUUCAAUGAGUGGAACUCUCGCUUACCGCCUGUUAUGAUUUCGCUUCUCUUUUUCACCUCGAAUCACAACCCCGUCGCCAAAGCGACCAGACCUCUCUUGCCUGCUACGCCGGUGGGCACGUCGGUUAAAGAUCCUGCGGGCACUUCCGCAAAUUCGGUCUCGUCGUUCCUUUCUUUGUUUCUUCCGCCUGUCUUUUCGCCUGUCUUUCCUCCUUCCUCUCGCACUCCACAGCAACGACCCGAGAGCGACCUAACUGCCUCUCUCCCGUUCUUCGAGACUUUCCCUUUUGCGUUGACGCAGCGCCUGGCGUAUGCACAAGUGUUGAUGUAUCCGCCCCUCCAUGUUUCUGCGGCUUCUCUUGUCUUCGUUCCUAAGCUGCGUGGGCUUCGCGCUUUCCUUGCUGCUCACUGGACCGCGGCUAUCCUUCUUCUCGUGUUGUGCGUCCUUUGGUGGUGGGUGUCGUGUCUGUGUUGCGGGGCGUUAGGCUUGACGUAUCUUGUCCUCCCCGUGGGUCCGGGCGACUCCGAAGGUCGCACCGACGGCGACGGGAUAAGCGGCGGGCGAAUGCGAGGCUGUGAUCUCGUUCGGGAGGUGACCAGAGGUGGCGACCUCGCGCGCUCUUAUGGACGAACUGCCGCUCCCUCCCAGGGCGGGCGCGUGACAAGUAUUCCGCGCUCGGCUCAGGCUGGUCAGCCAGCAGGCAGCUCUGCAUCCAGUCCCUACCAGGUAGGGGACUGUGUAGUGAAUCGGAGAUCCGAGCCCAGCGUGACCCCAGUUUGUCAAGGCAUGUUUUCAAAGUGCGACGCGGAGGGACUAUCGUCUGCUCACGGGCCGCAACACGAGCGGGCAAAGAAUGAAAGACAUGGCGCCGAAGAAGCACACCGCGGCGGCCAUGUGCCGACGGCGGCUGCGACAGAGUGCAACGAUGUUAGACGAAAGGAUGACGCUUGCGUGGCUGAAAGUACCGAUGAGGCCGCUGUUUCCCGUAUACUCUUUGGUCAUACUCGAGCGGCCGGGGAAGGUGCUCGGGAACGCCGAAAGAAAAUGCCUUCGGAGACAGAUUAG